CAACGUCUUCCCAUCAUGGCCGCCGGAGCCGGGACGAAGGGCCCCGCUUCCGGAACGGGCGUCGUGCGUGACCCGUCGGCGUCACAGCCGAGGAAGCAGCCCGGCGGCGAAGGCGCGCGGCGGUCCGACACGAUGGCGGGAGAAGGCGGGAGCAGCGACAGCAACGGGCGCUCGUCCGGGCGCCGGGCGCCCCGCAGCGGCGGGCGGGCCCGCCGGGGGCGCCACGAGCUGGGGCUGGGGGCCGCUACGGAGCGGGGCGCGGGGGAGGCGAGGCUGGAGGCCGCGGUCAACCGCUGGGUGCUCAAGUUCUACUUCUACGAGGCGCUGCGGGCCUUUCGCGGUAGCCGCUACGCGGACUUCAGGCAGAUCCGGGACAUCAUGCAGGCUCUGCUUGUGAGGCCCCUGGGGAAGGAGCACACGGUGUCCCGGCUGCUGCGGGUGAUGCAGUGUCUGUCGCGCAUUGAGGAAGGAGAAAAUUUAGACUGUUCCUUUGAUAUGGAAGCUGAACUCACGCCACUGGAAUCAGCUAUCAAUGUACUGGAAAUGAUUAAAACUGAAUUUACACUGACAGAGACGGUGAUCGAGUCCAGUCGAAAACUGGUAAAGGAAGCUGCUGUCAUUAUUUGUAUCAAAAACAAAGAAUUUGAAAAGGCUUCAAAAAUUUUGAAGAAACAUAUGACCAAGGACCCCACAACUCAGAAGCUAAGAAGUGAUCUCCUGAACAUUAUCCGAGAAAAGAAUGUGGCCCACCCAGUGAUCCAGAACUUUUCCUAUGAGACCUUUCAGCAGAAGAUGCUGCGCUUCCUGGAGAGCCACCUGGAGCACUCAGAGCCCUAUCUCCUCACGAUGGCCAAAAGGACUUUGAGAUCUGAGUCUGCUGCCACAAACACAGUGAAGGAAGAUAAACAACCAGCACCAGAGUCUGUGGAAAAGCAGCUCAGAGAAUCCGAAAGGCAGCUACAGAAUACUCCAACCACCAUUGGGUUUAUGACUCUAAAAGCAGCUUUCAAGGCUCUGUCCAGGGCAAAGGAUUCUGAGGCAACCUUCUCAAGACUGGACCAGAAGGAUCUGGUACUUCCUAAUCAAGCAUCUCAACCAUCCCCAGCCCUCAAAAACAAGAGACCCAGAAAAGACGGUGAAGCCUCAGCUCCUGCGGAGGGGGAGUGUGGCUCUGAACUGCAGCCCAAGGCCAAACGCAUGACAAUAAGCAGGUUGGUUCUGGAGGAGGACAGCCAGACUACCGAGCCCAGCCCAGGCCUCAACAGUUACCAGGAGGUCGUUGCAGUAACACCAUCCAAGCCCAUCGCUCCCAACCAGCCUCUCCCUCGGGAGAAGAAUCUCAAAACCACCAAAGGCAAGUGGAACAGCUCAAAUGGGGUUGAAGAGAAAGACACCUGGAAGGGAGAAGACGACUUGUUUCAAGUCCAGAACCCAGAUGAUUCUGUAAUCAGCUUAACCAAAAAACAGAAGUGGACUCUAGAGGAAAGCGAGUGGGUCAAGGCUGGAGUGCAGAAAUACGGAGAAGGAAACUGGGCUGCCAUUUCUAAAAACUACCCAUUUGUUAACAGAACAGCUGUGAUGAUUAAGGAUCGCUGGCGGACCAUGAAAAGACUUGGCAUGAUCUGAAACAGGCCAUUAGGUCCACAAUGUUAACAGGAGCAUGGUUCCUAAUAAUCACCCCUGAGAAUCUGUUGUUUCUUUUGGAAGCUGGGCCGAGAUGAAAAUGCUGGGCACCCUCCUCCUGUGUGAGGGAGGGCCCAGUUCCACAGCAGUGCUUUGAAGGUCAUGGAACGAAGAAGCCAAGCCAAGCCAAGCCAAGCCAAGCCUACCCCAUGUCUUUGGCAGAAGACAAGCGCACAGCUUGCAUAUGCCAGGAUAUCACUACUUCCCUCUUUAGUGGUUUGCUUGACUUUAAGCCCCGAGUAAUCAGAACCUUCUAGGAAAUGGCGGAGUCUUUUAGGAGCCACAUUUGAUUCUGUGACCUGUUGAAACCAGCAAUGUGAGCAGUUUUAUUUUCUGGAGUGAACUUGUCCCAGGUAAAAGUUUGGCCUUCUCAAAAAUCUACAAAGGAACUUUGUCAUGAACCCAGGUUGAUGAAAGCAGGCCUUGUGGAGUCAGGAGUCCCUUGUGAGGGACCAUUUAGCCAGCUGUGACAGCCACACCCACACCUGACUGCCUUGGCAUCUGCUCCUAGUGUUUGCUGGGCCACACAGGCAGGUUUCACCUUCGCUUCCCAUGUGGUUGAACCAGUGUGUUUUUUUGUAAAAUGGUGAUUGUAGAUAAGCUUAGCUUUUCUCUAACCUCUUUCCCUCUCCCACUACCCCCCUUAUCAAUUUUCUUCCUUAUUGCUGGACUUUUAAAGCUUAAAAUCUCCCCCCCCCCCAAAAAAAAAAACACCCUUUAUUAAACAUUAAUGCCUAAUUCCAUUCUAUGUGAAACGGUGGCUUCUGCCUGACUCCCCUUAAUUGUGCUGUGUUGGUGUCUUGCACUGGAAUUCACCGUGCCCUCCUUCUCCUUUUGUACUGUGUUGUGCUUGCUCGCUAACAUCCUGAAAGACCGUCUUUUUAGCAACAAAAUGCAGUAAAAUGUUUUCUGUAUUUUUUUUUUCUUAAUAUGAGAAUUACUGUCUGUAACUUGUAGCCUUCAUUAAAGUCUAGCUUCUCUCGGA